AUGAAGGUUAUGGUACUGUCGUUAGGCAAGGCAUCACCAAGUAAGAGUGACCAUGAGUUAUUGGACCCGUUCGUCUCGCUAGUUGAAUUUUCCGUUUCACCUCCUGGUGGAUUCAAAGAUCAUCCUCACAGAGGUUUUGAAAGUGUUACAUACAUGUUCCAGGGAGGCAUCAUUCACCAAGACUGUAAUGGUAAUAAAGGUACAAUCCAUGAAGGAGAUGUUCAGUGGAUGACAGCAGGAAGAGGAAUCAUUCAUUCGGAAAUGCCUGAAGAACAAGUCAACAAGGGGUUACAGCUUUGGAUCAACCUCCCUUCUAGUGCCAAAAUGAUCGAGCCUAAAAAUAUAGAAAUCUCGAGUUCAGAGAUACCUAGCGCAGAUGACUAUGGAGUAGAGGUCAAAGUCAUUGCUGGAGAGUCAAUGGGAGUCAAAUCUCCUUUCUACACAAAAACACCAAUCAUGUUCCUAGACUUUACGCUCGAUCCAAAAGCUCAAACCCACCAGGCCGUUCCAGAGUCAUGGACCGCCUUUGCCUACAUUGUAGAAGGCGAUGAAGGCGUUUUUAGCUCCUCGGACUCUUCCACAGUACAAGCACAUAAUGUUGUGGUGUUUGGGACAGGGGAUGAAGUUAGCGUGUGGAACACGUCAAACUCUAGGCCGUUGAGGUUCUUGUUGAUUGCAGGGGAACCGAUAGGCGAGCCUGUGGUUCAGCAUGGGCCAUUUGUGAUGAACUCACAGGAUGAGAUUGAAAUGACAAUUGGGGACUAUCGUAAUGGCAUGAAUGGCUUCGAAAUGGCCAAGCAUUGGAGGUCAGAGUGA